UUCUUCUUUUCAUUUGAUACUAACAAAACGCACACUGCAAAACAAAAAUGUCAUUGCAUUACGUUAUGAAAAUAAAAAAAAUUUGGAAAAAAUCGAAAAUGAAAUGUUUGCAGAAGAGGAUAACCUCAAAUGUGAACUUAAAAAUGAAAGGAUUGAAUCGCCAGAUUUACUGAUUGUCAAACAUGAAGUGGAUUUGGAGAAAGAUGAGGUAUAUCCGGUGAGAUAUCCUCAGGCAUCGACCUCAGCAGCUGCUGGCAAAAUUUCCCUCCCAAACCGGCAGGCCUAUGAAAAUAUUGAGGAAUCUGAAAUCUAUGACAUUACCGAUGAUGAUGAGGAGGAUUUUGCAGGAAAUAACAAUGACGACGAUGAUGAUGAUUUCGAUAUUAUGUAUUAUCCAAAUAAUUCCAAACGCAAAUCUUCUUCCUCACGUUCCUCUUCGCUUGCUGGCGCAGCCGGCUCAUCUGCCAAAAAAACCAAAAAUUCGACACGUGACAGUGGCAGCAGUAAACCCUUUGCCUGUCCCAAUUGUCCCAAAUCCUAUACCAUGCGUUGCAACUUGAAUCGCCACCUUCGUGUCGAAUGCAAUCGUGAACCGAAAUUCUCUUGUCGGAUUUGUCAAACGAAAUACUAUUAUCGCUGUUCGUUGGUUCAGCAUGCCAAGUCGGCCCAUGAUUUGGAUUUGAGAAAUGAAAAGGAUUAGGGAAAAGUUGGGUAAAAUGUGUCAGGAGGGGGGAAGGGAGAUGGGGGAAAGUGGAGAAAAAAGAAAAACAUGGACUGAAAAAAUUAGAAGACAAUUUUUUUUGUAAUUUCUCAUACAUGUUUAAAACUU